CUCGUAGCACGCUAAACUAAAAACACUAAAAAUGUUCAAAUUGGUUACUUUGUUCGCUGUCUUCGCUUUGGCUGCUGCCAAACCAGGACACCUCGGCGCUCACUUGGCUGCUGUUCCAGCUGUCUCAACCUACGCUGCCGCUCCAUUGGCCACCUCAUACGCUGCACCAGCUUCUUAUACCAGCUCAUACGCUGCCCCAGCUGUCUCAACCUACGCUGCCGCUCCAUUGGCUACCUCAUACGCUGCCCCAGCUGUCUCAACCUACGCUGCCGCUCCAUUGGCUACCUCAUACGCUGCCCCGGCUUUGGCUACCUCAUACGCUGCCCCAGCUUAUACCAGCUCAUACGCCGCCCCAGCUUUGUCAUCAUGGUAAACAUCUCCGAUAUUGAGGAAC